UUCAGGCUCAGCUGGUGGGUCUGCUGCCUCUGUCUCCUCACAGGAUCCCCCAGAGGAAAUCACCGAGGGGAGGAGCCAGAUAACAUGCAGCAGGAUGAGAGGCAGAGGAAGAUGAAGAUCAUGGAGGUGAGAAUGAGGGAAAUCGAGCUCUCGCUGAGUAACGUCAAGCUGCUGCUCAGAGAGAAAGUCGCUCAGCUCAAGGAGCAGCUUCAUAAAAACGGUAAGGCGGACGUGUUGAUCGGAAAUCUGUACGAUGAGAACGAUGUGCUGCUGGAGGUUCUGGAGAAGACCAAGCAGCGGCACAUUAUUUUAGAGAAGAAGAACUUCCUGCUGGAGGAGAAGAUCAGCAGCCUCAACAAGAUCAUGUGUGACCUGACCCCCCCGCCCUCACUGCCUUACCAUUACUAAUGCAUUCACUACAUAAAACACUGCAGGUACUCGGGACACUCAAAUCAUCCAAAUGCAUCAAAAAGCAACCAGAAAAUGUAAUUUAGGGCUGUACCAAAAAACUAACUACGGUUAUUGAUUGUGUUUAAAGGUGUUUGUUCCGGAACUUCACUGUGUGACACUCGCGUACCAACACAUUGUACGUGAUAGGCUAAGGGGCGGGACAUCUCAGUGGUUGACCAAUCACAACAGAGCCAGCAGGAGAGGACUCUUUUAAGUAGAGCCAUAAAGGUGUUAUUUUCUCUGUGUGUAAUCUGUCCUACUUAAGCCCUUAUAUACACAUGAUUACAAUGUAAAUAUAUAUAAGUAUUAUGUGAAAGGGAAAAAGAUGAGUGAGAUAAUGUAAACAGAAGAGCCCUUUCAGUCUGUUUGUCUUCCCGUCCUGAAUUGUAUAAGUGAAUGUCAAGUGGCUGUUCUUCCUGUUAUUUAAAAACAUGUUAAACUUUUAUAUGUAAAGCUGUGCAAUGAGUUAUUUUUGAAUGAAGGACCUUGUCUCGAUAAUGAAGCACUAAAACUAAAACAGGGUAAUGUUUGUUAUAAAUAAAAUACAUGCACCAUG